AACAGGAAACGGAAGUGCGGAAAACAAACAACGCCGGAUAUGUAACAACGCGGAAUUUAAAAUGUGCAUUUGAACAAUAACUAAUUGAUGAGAAUUUCUGAAUAUCGAGAAAACGACAAAUCCGAGGACGGCGACGACUUCACAUAUUAUGAUAUUGUUGACACGAUUCGCCUUUUUUGGGAGAUACUCCUAAAUUUUCUCUGUCUUGUCCGGAACGCCAUAUUGUUCGUAGUAACAUUCUAUGGAAAGACACUUUCUAAAUCAACAACAUGUGUUAAAUGUUUCCAAGGAAUUCAAGAAAGGAAGUCACCGACAAAGAUGUCUACAACGUCUACAGUAAGAAGAUUCAACUCUUUGACAAAAAGUUAUAGUUCUAGUGAGCCUGUACGGAAUCUGCAUAAGAUAGGCACAAAAAGUGCGGACGCUAAUGAUGUAUUCUAUACCCAGUUGAAAGAUUUGAAGCUUUUGGAUUCGAAUAUCAGUAAUAAUGAUGUAGAUUCAACAAUAAAUAGCCAAGCGUUUACUGAACGGCGCUGGGACAGAACAGCGCCAAAUGAAUCAACCCUAGACAUUAACAACAAGCAAAAAGAUGAGAUCGAGCCAUAUAAAGUAGCUCAAUACAGGGAGGCAAUUUUAAAGUACAGUCGAAUUUCUUUCUCUGAUUUUACAUCUCUUUUUAAUAAGUUUGUGAGAGAAAAUGGACGCGAUUUUUCAAAAGCCGAUCUUCUACAUUGGUUGAGUAGAUUUACCAAGUUCAUCUAUUUGAAAAAGGAGAUUAACGGUGAACCGAGGGAAGUAAGAGAACAGCUGUCAUUCCGGGCGAUUCAGAGUAAGAGAGAUUCUCUCGCUGAAAGGCUCUACACCCUCCGAGAGGAAAAUGAAAUGAACCUAUCCCUCGAGGAAUUCUGCGAAAAUUUGAGGAACUGCCAUAUAAACCCAAUUAAAAAGUUACUCAGCGUAAUCAAAGGUGGAGCCGGCGACAUGAUUCAACAAGAGAAAAACUUUAAAGAGAAUAUUUUUAUGAAGACUAAACUCGAAGAAGGAAUAAAUUCUUACCAAACUGAAAGAAAUUAUCAAACUCGCACAGAAACGCUUGAUCUUGAGAAAGAAAAGAUAUCCCAAAGAGAAACCGGAAACGUCCCUUUUCAGCAGAAUACAUCAAACAAUCGAAGAAAGAAAACUCCAAAGUUUCAAAAGCCGCAGAAAGAAGCUGAAAGAAAAAAAUGUCCUGAUUUGAUUGAUUUUGAAAACAUGUAUCAAAAUUCUAAAUUACAAAUGCAGAAAAUUGACAAUCAGCACCCUGCACCGAAUAGGGACCCGGAGUCGUGCAUAAGUACUUCUAUUUAUAGCACAGUGAACGGUUACGUAAUAGUGUCACAGCACUUGGAAACAAGUGUUACUAAAAAGCUAGAAAACGCUCCUGUAUUUCAACAAUGCCGCUCAAUCAGUUUUUAUGUUGACUAUUUAAAUGAAACAGAUCCACUUCCGGAAGGAGUUGAAAUCAAACCACUGCCACCUGGUGGACUAGAGGAAGUCCUUAAAACCGGCCCACCUAUGACCGAUAAUGAAUAUGCCGAGCUUGAAAAACUCCGUCUUUUAUACGAAAAAGAAAGUCCUCAAGAACAGUGUACAGCUAUGGAAACCUUAACAACUACAACUGCUCAAGAAUUUGAAAAUAGCAUGUUUAAGGGGGAUCCAAAAGUUUUAGCAAAAGAAUUAAAUGAUGCAAUGGCCAGAGAAAAACUAAACAUAUUUAAAGCUAUUCCAAAUUACACUCUACCAGACAACGAAACAAAAACUGAAGAAGAACCAGGUCAUAAAAUGCGAAGAUUUAUACCAGUAAGGCGACGACUGCAGACGCAAUCAGCAGAAAAAGAAGUAGCCACAACAGAGACUCAACCAAAAGAAACUUCACCUAAUCAGAUUAAAGAGAUUACGUCAAAGAAAACCAAAAAUACAAACGAUGUUAACGUUCACAAACAAGACAAAAAACAAAACGACACUACAAUUCAAGACACAAUAUUAACAAAGACACCGUAUGAAGACGAGGAGCAAAAUGACACCACAAUUCAAAAUAGGUCACCAAAAGAUAUCAAAUUAAACGAAGCUGAAGCAAAUAUAACCAAAAUUCAACAAACGGAACAAAAAUGCAUGUAUAAUCAAUACACAGACCAAAAUAUUAACAACAUGUGCACUCGAAAAACACAAGAACAGCAAUUAUUUGAAAAACUACCGCCCCUAAAUUUUAUUGACACUGACAAAACUGAAAACGAGGCUACCGAAUCGACACAGGAACCUGCAUUCUUGGAGACGAGUGCAACCGUAGAUUACAGUCGUCACGUUGUUGAACCAAGCCAUGGUGACCGUCCAAAUAAAAAGAAGUUACAAAGUAGAAUAAAAGAAAAGAUAAAAACAAAAGGGGAAGCAAAUAAACAUUUGAAAGUAAAGAAAGAAAAACCUGCAUACUAUUACGAAGAAUUCGAAGAAGAUCUUGAUUUAUCAGUUGAAGACGGUAAAGAUAAUGAAUUGGAGGAUUCGGUUACAGAACAAAAUGAAGAGCUUAAUACGUCAUCAACUGUCGUCUGCGCUACAGAUCAACCACAGAUUCUAGACAACAGAGAGUACAUGAUGGUACCCGAAGAAAUAAUCCGAAUAACCGAUCCAAGACUUAAAGACAUCGAAGACAAAUAUUCCCUAGCUUCUCCUCCCGAUAAGAAAGAUAAGAAGAAAAGAAAAGACAAGAAAGGAAAAGCUCCGAAGAGCAUACCCAUUUCAUUUGUUUCUGAUUUUCUCAAUUGAUAACAAAAUAAGUAUGUAAAAUAAAUUUGUAAUAUCGCUA